AGCUCUUCUCCUCGACGUCGCGAACGUUUUUGCUCGGCCGUCUUCUCUUCGCCGUCACCUCCGUUCCAUUGGUCGGCCAAAACCUCCACGCGAACGACUCUGCUGCUCGCUCGUCUUCUCUUCUCCGCUAAGAGAAUGAAUACUGCAACUAUGUCAAUUACAACUGACGCCAGUGCUGACAAAAUCAUAUGGAAACAAAUUGAGGUUUCUGAGAGCUACCUUGUUUGCUCCAUGUAUGAAGAAGCCACUUCGAUAGCUAUCUCCAUUUUGAAGCACUUGCAAGACGAUUCUUCUGGUGUUGCAAUGCAGGAUAUGUGGGAAUCAGCUGCCAUGGUCCUGGUUCAAUCACUCAAUCAACUUGGCAGGGCACCGGAUAUUCUCAAUCAACUUCGAUCGUAUUUCACUUCAGUCAAAACUAUCCCUUCUCAAGUUCUUCUUACCGGAGUUUGUUUUCAAAUAGCUGAGGGUUCUAUAUCUGGCAUUCGAGAAUUUCUGGAGGAAUUUCUUAAUGGAUGGAAUCUGGGGGAUGGACAAUAUGUUGCUGUUAUUGCUGAGGCAAAGAAAGAGUGCGGAAGUAAAUAUAACAAGCACUUAGUUCUUGGAAUUGAUGAAUACUUGGAAGUUGUCGAGGUUUAUGCGGUCACACUUCUUGCCACACUUCUAAAAGAUGUGGAUCUUGCAAUCUCUUGGGUUGAGAAUGCUUCACUGCCUGAGGAAAACCGACAGGGACUUCGGAGAAGGUUAAACUCAAUGCACUGUUCUAAAAGUGCAAAAUUUUCUCAAGUUUCCUCUCCUACAAGUGACAAUGCGGCUUAUUCUGUUAAUGAGCAAAAUGUAUGUGAAGGAUCACAUAAAUCUUUAAACGGCAAAGAUUCAGACAACAGAAAGUACGGUUCAAAAAUUGUUCCAAGACUAGCUGAGCGAAUAGAACCAUGCUUCUGGUGCUUUCGUGCGAUCAAUUUGAAGUUUGGCAAUACAAAGUUUGUAAUAUCUAGUGGGAAGAUUAUACUCAGUUGUUUGUUCCUGUUCAUCUAUUAUGUUUACAGAAGGAAGCAAGCUACUAUAAAAAGGAUGGUAAGAACACAAGUAACCGCAAUGAAGAGAGCUUUGGUAGAUUUGUGGCAGCUUGCAUUUUCAUAUGAAGUAAAUCCUCUUGCAGCUGUUCAGCCAAUUGCCGCUGCUGCAAAUCAAGGUCGAUGACGCAACUGUUGAUCAGCAUGACCUUUUCUGGGUUGGGUAUAAGAAAUACUUAAUAGAUAUUUCAAGAUGCACUUCCUUAUGCUGAUCUGUAAGGCCGUAGGACUCAUAAUUCUCGAGGUCAUGACUCCAAGCUACACAUCAAUUUAUGUAUUCUAUUUUGUGUAGUAGUAGUAGUUGAAAUCAGUGUACUAUUAUGAUAAUAAUUUUAAAAUUGAUUAUUUCAUAUCGUUGCUGGAUGCAAUUUCUGUCAUUAUCAGCAAUGUGAUUAUAUUUUUUUUUACUUCAAUAGAAGAUCAAGUUGGUAGCACAAUAGAAGAUCAAGCUGUGUAUUAUGCCUUGUAAAAAUAAUGAGGGGUUAAAAUGUUAUUUCU